AUGGAUGAAAAAGGGACUAACUGCGGAAUUGGAUUUCAAUCUGCAACAUUUGUCGAUCAUUGCAGCCCUCCACAUCCAUCAUCCCCACCAGAAGGUUUGGUGUUGGCUGGGUCUUCUCGGACUCAGCAAGCGGCACAUGCCGCUGGUGGAGCACGUCGCAUGCGUUGGUCACAAACAAUGAACGCAAACGCACAGCGGGCGUACUUUAGGGCAAAAGGGGAAGAAACUGGAUGUUUGGCGUAUCGGGCUAGGACGCAUCGUCUUUUUGCUGAGCUGGAGCCAUCUUUAACCGUCACAGAGCAAAACCUGGGAGACCGAAUUCGGUAUAUCUUGCGCUCAAAUAUAUUUCAUGUGGCCGAACUCGAACGGCUACGACGUGAGGCUGUUCCCUCAUCGGAUGAAAAUGCUACGGCUGAGGAUGCGGCGCCACAAAUUGUAAAGCAACCUUCAAACGUGAAUGUCUCCGUGAAUACCCCAGUUGUGGUUGAUUCAAACGAUGAUGGAACAGUCGCCCAGGAACUGGAAUUAGAGCAUAUGAGGAGUACAUUGGAAGAGGCUAUUGUGGAAACGCGCAGCACGCCUCUCGAAAAUUGA